CCCACCCAGAGUUGAACUACAACUCGUAACUCUCCAACAUACCUUCACUCACCUCAUACCACACACGACCGACACGAGCACCAUGUCGCUGAUCGGUCGGUUCGAGCACCUGCCCAACAGGCCACGGUCAGACGAGGCCAGGCCACUUCUCGAGAAGAUUGCGAGCCAGGUGAAACCUAUUAUGACGAAGCGCGACUGGAAGGUCGGGACGCUGGCUGAGUUUCUUCCCUCCAACCCCGCACUGCUCGGCAACAAUAUGAACGCGGGGCAGCGGAUCAACCUGCGCCUCCGGCCACCGGGGAACGAGUCGACAUUUUACGAAUACGACCAGCUGGUGCUGGUGAUGUUGCAUGAGCUCACACACAUCGUCCACGGGCCACACGACACGUCGUUCUACAAGCUCCUCGCCGAGCUCGAGGAAGAGUACUACGCCCUCAAGCGCAAGGGCUACGAGGGGGAGGGCUUCCAUUCCUCGGGAAACAAGCUCAAUGGUGUCCGGGUGAACGAGUACGAAGGCCGGCGUCGCGGGCUUGCGGCCGCCGAGAAGCGCCUGCAGCGGCAGGUGAUGAGUGGCAAGGGCGGCGUGCUGGGUGGCUCCAGCACGACCGGCAAGUCGAUGCGCGAAGUGGUGGCCGAGGCUGCGGAGCGCCGUGUACGAGACGACAAGAGCUGCCACACGCACGGGGACCACGAGGUCGAGGAAGAAGUGCGCAGAGCACAGGCCGAGAGUGUCGGUAUCGAUGCGAGCGACCUCGACACCAUCGCGGGAGACAGCGGCGACAGCGACAAGGACAUUAUCGACCUCACGGCGUCAGACGAGGAGGUGACGCGCAAGCGCCCACCGAGCCCAACGCAGCCUGCCGGGCCGUCCAAGGUGCCUGCGUCGCGUGUGCCAAAGGCACCAGGUAACGGCGUCGGCGCCGCCAAGCCACCCGCCACAACGUCCGCGCCGAAGCCAGCCGCACCCAAGCCCGCCGCACCCCCCGCAGAGUGGUCGUGCAACGUGUGCACCCUCAUCAACCCCAUGUCCCGUGCCGCGUGCGACGCGUGCGCCGCGCCGCGUCCCGUCAAGCCGGUCACCAAGGACGGGUGGUACUGCGAGGUGUGCGGCGCCGGGCCGCGCGAGCUCGGGUUCUGGAGCUGCCUCGAGUGCGGCGUCGUGCGCACGUUUGGCUAAGCCGCUGUUCUUAUAAUUCCAUAGCAUCUGUCGUUGUUCCCUGUAUGUAGCAUGCAUCGUACCACUACCACCAG